AUGCCUCAAUCCACCAUCGCAGUCAUAGGCUCACUCAACAUCGACUUCAUCACCCGCACCCUACGCAUUCCAGAGCCCGGCGAAACUCUCACAGCAAAAUCCUUCGACACGGGCUUUGGUGGCAAGGGCGCCAACCAAGCGGUAGCAUGUGCUCGACUCGCGCCUAAAGAUGUCAUAGUCCGCAUAAUGGGCAAUGUCGGCGAUGAUAUCUUUGGGAAGGAUUAUUUUGAGGGGUUGAAGAAGGAGGGGAUUAAUGCUGGUGGGGUGAAGAUGUUGGAGGGGGAGAAGACUGGAGUGAGCAAUAUCAUUGUCGACGAGAUUUCCGGCGAGAACAGGAUACUAUUCACGGCCAAUGCGAACUACAAGUUUGGCAACAUGGAAGAGGGAGGGUGGGAUGUCGUGCCAGAGCAGGCAGACGUGGUGGUCUUCCAACUGGAGACACCGCUAGACUUGGUGCUACAUAACAUGCACCUGGCCCGCGAGAAGAAGAAGCACGUCAUCCUCAACCCAGCGCCCGCCUCACUGCUCCCAGACUCUGCAUACCAAGACAUCGACACCCUGAUCAUGAACGAGACCGAGUCGAAGAUCCUUUCCGGCAGCAGUCAUCAAAACCUCCCACCUGCUGAGCUCGCUCCGCUGUUCCUGAAGUGGGGUGUACAAGAGGCUGUCAUCAUUACUCUUGGUGGCGAAGGGUUGGUGUUUGCUACUGCUUCAGGAGCUUCAGGCCAUGUUGCUGCUCGGAAGGUGAAGGUCGUUGAUACGACGGCAGCUGGCGAUACCUUCGUUGGUGCGUAUGCGGUGCAAAGGGUGCAGCACGAAGGCGAGGCAGGAUCGUUCGAUUACAAGAAGGCGUUGGAGUUCGCUACCGGCGCUGCGGCGAAGUCGGUCGAGAAAGUUGGAGCGAUGGCCGCGAUUCCGUACUUGCGUGAGCUCUGA